GGAGGCGGGGACUAGGGGGAGGUGUUUGGACAUUAUUACCGGGUUGGGCGGGCCCGGUCUGGGAGGGGUUUGUGGGUGAGCCCUGGGUCCCCCGCCCGCUGAGGAGAUGGAUGAGGACGGGCUUCCUCUCAUGGGGUCAGGCAUAGACCUGACGAAGGUGCCAGCUAUUCAACAGAAAAGAACGGUGGCAUUUCUAAACCAAUUUGUGGUGCACACUGUACAGUUCCUCAACCGCUUUUCUACAGUUUGUGAGGAGAAACUGGCAGACCUUUCUCUUCGUAUCCAGCAAAUUGAAACAACUCUAAAUAUUUUAGAUGCAAAGUUGUCAUCUAUCCCAGGCCUAGAUGAUGUUGCAUUUGAAGUUUCUACUGUAAGCGCCACUGGUAUCACAAAUGAAUCACAUUCUGAAACCACUGCAGAGAAAUCACAGCAGAACAGUUUACAAGACUCUGGACCACAGGAAAGUGAAGUAACACCAGAAAAUAUCUUAACUGUAGCCAAGGACCCAAGAUAUGCCAGAUAUCUCAAAAUGGUUCAAGUGGGUGUUCCAGUGAUGGCAAUAAGAAACAAAAUGAUAUCGGAAGGACUAGACCCAGAUCUUCUUGAGAGGCCAGAUGCUCCAGUGCCUGAUGGUGAAGGUGAAAAAAAUACAGAAGAAAGUUCAGAUAGUGAAUCUUCUUUUAGUGACUAAGCUUAAUUUUGAUAACAGUUACACAUACAUGUGUGGGUAUGCAUUUACAUUCUAUAAGAAAGAGAGCCUGAACUUGAACUCUGAGUCAUAAAAACAUCAAAUGGUCAUACAUCUACCACCAAACUCCCUCUAUGUUAAAAAAAAAUAAUAAAGCAUUUAUAAUCUG